AUGAAUAUUUUAAACUUCCUUUUUAUCCUUUGCUCGUCCACAGCCUUUCUGACAAAGUGUUCAGAUAAUAGAACGUUUACUUUUGAUAUAGUAAAUCAGAAUAAUUGGCUUGAUAUUGCUAGAAGUAUCUUUCAAAGCAUGUCCCCAUCAAACUUUACCAUAAUACCGUACAGUUACAUAAGUAAUUCAAAUAAUACUAAGGAGAAUCAAGGUUCUGUUUUAUUAAUUAGAAAGAAAUUAAAUAAUCAAGAAUCAGACGAAAAGGAUAAUUUAGAUAAAUCAUCUGCAUCAUCCGGUAGCAGCGCCAGUUGUAAUAGUAAACCCGAAAAUUCGAACGAUAUAGAAGAUACAGACGUAAACUCAAAUAGUGCUCCACUUCUACUAUCAUCAGUGUAUAGUCCAUCAUUCAUUGAUUCAACAUAUAGUAUGGAAAACGAUUUACAGGAAGAGCAAAAAACUGGAGGAGAAAAUUAUGAACAGGCAAGAAUUGGAAAUAUUCCUGAUAAUUUCAUGCCACAAAAAAUUUCAGACAUUUUAGUUGAAGUAUCAGAUGAAGAUCGAAGAUACGAAUUGACAGGAAAUGAACCAUGUGAAGCUACAGUAUAUUUAGGAGAUAUUUUACAUAAUACUAAUGUAGAGGUUAUAAAUUAUGAGUUAAGUGCAAAAAAAAUUUUGUGUGUACAGUUAGAAGCAGUUCAUGGAAAUGGAUAUAUAUGGGCAAUGUUAGGAGUGCAUAAAACUAUGCCUAAUAUAGAACCCUCACAUUUUCCUACAAAAAAAGUUACAAAAUCUUUUUUUUCAAGGGAUAUUUCAGUAACACAACCAAAAGCUAUUGAAAAACCCCAAAUGAACAAUGAUGGUACCAGUGGAACCAAUUCUGAUGAUCAGUUGCAAACACAACAAGAUAAUAAUAGUAAGCCUAGAGCAUAUAAACAUAUAGGAGGAUUAGUUGGAGGUUUAGGAAUGGUGCAAAGUAAAGUUAAAGCACAUGUAGAAGGAACAUUUUAUGUUGUUUUUGCAUAUUAUAGACCCUUUGACCCAACUAGAAAUGCAAACACAAAAAUUCUCCAUUUGAAUGUAGCAUAA